GACCGACCCAAAACGAGAGAAAAACAAAAAAUAAGCAUGGCGAAGGCGAAAAAGGAAUUUAUAAUUGUUGCGACACAACUCCUCUUUUUAGCGUCGUUUUGUUUAGGAAGGGAAUUCCAGAGCGUCACAGAAGAAUGUAAGAAGCGUUGUGAAAGAACAUUUCCUCUCCAUACAUAUCCAAAGGCAGAGCCAACAAAAGCAUGCCUUCGAGGAUGUCGUCUUUCCGCCAUUAGCCAACUUUCUACGGAUAAAAAUCGAAGCAUUGGAAACGCUUCUCUAACUUGUAUCAAAGGUUGUAGUGAGAGCUACACAGAUAAAGACAGCAAGUAUGCAUGUCAAGUUGGGUGCCAGGAUCAGCCUCUCAUUCCAACUGCAGAGACCAUGUACAAGGACCAUAUGUCUAUGGGUAUCUGGUCAUUGCGUGACUACUCCAAUGCCCACCCCAUAAUGGUUGCCCACCAGUAUUGCAAUGGCAUCAUGCGGCAUUUGACCUACUACAUGGCCACUUCUACAUCCUACUUCUUCGGUAACCGCCAUGGGCAAGCCAUAGUAGUAAGGAUCCAGGAGCCACCACAGGUGUUUGCGAGCAUCUCGGAAGCCAAUCUUGCACCUCGGGAUGAGCCAGAAGUCAGGCUUGGAAAGAGGGAAAAAGGACAUUCUGGCUACCAUUGGAAAGUACUGCACAAGGGUAAGAUGUGGUUGCACUGCGUGUCCAGACGAUCUGGUCUGCCAUUCUGGUUGGUAGCUUCCACCUUGUUCCUGUCCAUCUUCUUUAUGAUGUGGUUGUGCUGUGCAACCAUUCUCACCACUCCUCCUCACAGGGAGAAGGAAAAGACUUUGCUGGUGGAUGACGUGAUGUUCAUGCAAAGUGAUGACCUGGAGAAGCAGCCGCUGAUGAAGGAAGACGAAGCUGGCCCGCUACCCAUGAAAAUCAGCAUCGCAGCCACAACCAUCUAGACAGCGCAAUCUUGGGAAACAUUACUUGUUGGAAGUUGGCCGACGCAUGUUAAUUAGUAGCAAAGGGUGACAUGUUGGCCUUGUCGCGCAAAAAGUAAUUGUAUCUCUCUGAAUUGCUGUUUUCAGUGAAUGUGAGUGCAGUUUUCUUUCCUUUUCCAAAAAUCCAAGUUUAACCAAGGAGAUUUUUGGCUUAACUAAUUACUAAAUAUGGUUGAAAAUUGGCUUGAAAGAGGGACAAAAGAGGGAAGCGAAAUCACCUUGAGAGCACUUGCUAAGACUGUUUAACUAAUUAGGAAAGUCAUUUUAGGUAUUUUAAAGAUUACAAGACACGAACGCAUACUUGUGGGUUUCUUUACUUAUACAGUAUGUAUAACCUUUACAAUCAAUCUUCGAUUUGCCGCAUUUUGAAUUAGGUGCCGUGUUACAAAACACGGUAAUUCAUCAGUAUUUAUAAACAAUUACUCUGUAACUGUAAUAAUUAUAAUAAUCUGUCUGUAAUAAUUAUAAUAAUAAAUUGAGAUUUAACCUUAGUUAGAUCAGUGCACGCCAAUAUCUUAUCAGUAUUCCAGCACGUCAAAACGAUAUCCUUUUGUACUGAUUUUAAGAAAGUGCUAGGGUGGGGUUGGGUUAAUAAGGUUUGGUUUAAAUGCUUUUAAAGUACUUAAUGCCCUCUUGUUAAAUAAAACUAAAAACACAUAA